AGCAUGAAGCUUCUACUGGUGUUACUGUCGGUGUAUAUUCUUACUUUUUGCUUGGCUGAGCGCAAGAGGUUCGACAACUACAGGGUCUAUAGAGUGAACCCAACGAAAGCGAAUCAAUUGGAGGGACUGCGACCUUUGGAGGCCAAGAGCGAGGAUGCCUUAAUAUUAAACAACCUCCACCUUGGCCCCACCGACUUUCUAGUAGCUCCCAGCUACGAUAAAACCUUUGUGGAGCUCCUAAAAGGCUUGGAUCUCACUCCAGAACUCAUCGAUAACAAUGCCCAGGCUAGCUUAUCCCUGGAUAUAGAGCCUGUUGCGGAUGCAAAUCGCCGAAGUGAUGAUUACUCUUGGACGGAAUACCACGAGCUGAAUGACACGCAUCGUUGGAUGCAGAAUCUGGUGGGCAAAUACCCGGAUGUUGUCAGUGUCUUUAUAGCAGGCCAGAGUUAUGAGGGACGCGAGCUGUUGGGCCUAAAAAUUAAUCACAACGAUGGUAGAGCAGAAAAGCAAUCAAUCUUUUUGGAGGCUGGAAUGCAUGCUCGGGAGUGGAUAGGUCCUGCCACAGCCACGUAUUUCAUCAACGAACUACUGACCUCCCAGGAGCCGCAGAUCAAGGGCUUGGCCAGAUCUUAUGUGUGGUACAUACUACCCCAUGCGAACCCGGACGGCUAUGUCUACACCCACUUAACGAAUCGAAUGUGGCGCAAGACCCGGAGUCCACAGGACAAGAACUGCAUUGGGACGGAUCCGAAUCGAAACUGGGACUUCCACUGGCGCGAGGUGGGGGCUAGCUCUGAUCCCUGCUCGGAGUCAUAUGCCGGACCCAAGGCGUUCUCCGAACGCGAGGUGGAGACCCUAUCGCAGUACCUCAGGUCCCUGCCAGAACCCAUGUUCAUGUACCUCUCGCUGCACUCCUUCUCCCAGCUGUUGCUAUAUCCCUAUGGACACACUUCCACACUGCCGGAAAAUCAUAAGGAGUUGGAGCAGAUCUUCAAUGCAGCCGUGGGCGCAGUGAAGAGGCGUUACGGAACACGUUAUACGGGCGGAAAUGUCUACGAUGCGAUUUACCCGGCAGCUGGUUCUAGCAUGGAUUGGGUCUAUGGUGUGCUGAAAGUGAAGUAUUCCUUUUGCUAUGAACUGCGUCCCUCUGGUUACAGUUUUUGGACCGGAUUUAGACUUCCCGCCUCCCAAAUAAUACCUACUGGUCAGGAGACCACAGACUCUUUGGUGGAAAUGAUUAAGGCUGCUGCCCAAAUCGAGGGUUAUAAAAUUCAAUAAAAGAGAGAAAGCUUUUUUGAAAACAAAGUCUUUUUGAUAAGAUACGAAGGGAAGAGAUCUGUUGUUUAUGACAAAAACUAAACGUAACCUUGCUUGAUUGUC